CUUCCCAUAUAAUCUCCCAGAACAGCUGUGCUGUGAUUGCAUUGUGGAUUACAAAAUGACCAUUUUCCACAAAACAGCUGCUGAUCAGAAGGAUAGCAUUUAAUAAUCACUGGCAAGGCGAAGGAGGAGGGGACCAGACAAAGGAGGAAGGGAUUUUGCAGCAAUUUGGUUUCUUGGAGGAUAUAGAGAUGAACAAAACAGCAGACAAAGUGUGAGUCCCACUUCUGUGCUGUUCAUCCAAAUUACCAGGACUUCAAAGACUUGCUGCUAAGAUGGAGCUGCUGAAGGGACUGCCGUUGCGCCGUACUUUCCUGGCUGUCAUCCUGAACCUGCUGGCCCUCACCCUCUCCACCACUGCCUUGCUGGGCAGCUACUGGUGCACCGGGACCCAGAAAGUACCCAAGCCUUUGUGUGGGAAGAACAAAGCCUCCCAGUGCGUGGGUGUCCCUGUGCCAUCUGAUGAAGAUACGAGCAAUGUUUCAUCUGAGGACACAGUGCACUACAGCUGGGAGACUGGAGAUGACCGCUUUGCCUUCAGAUACUUCCACACAGGGAUGUGGCUUUCCUGUGAAGAGAGCAUGGAAGGGCCAGAAGAGAAAUGCCGCAGCUUUAUUGAGCUUUCACCACCAGCAGAGAGAGGAAUCCUGUGGCUGUCACUGGGAUCAGAGAUGCUGUACAUCAGCUUGCUGCUCAUCAGCUUCAUCCUCCUGAUGGUGGAAAUUCUGCAUACCGGCAAUCCUGUCUGUGGGAUGAAGCUCAAUGCCUUUGCUGCUGUCUCCUCAGUGCUGUCAGGUCUCCUUGGGAUGGUGGCACACAUGAUGUACACUCAAGUCUUCCAGGCAACAGUUAAUCUGGGACCGGAGGACUGGAGACCGCACACGUGGGACUAUGGCUGGGCAUUCUACAUGGCCUGGGCCUCCUUCACCUGCUGCAUGGCCUCUGCUGUCACCACUCUCAACACCUACACCAAGACGAUACUGGAGUUCAAAAGGAACCACAUCAAGGGAUAUGAUGGGACCCUCAAGGAUCACCCUCAGCACCACCAAUGCUUCAUACAGCAAAUAAGCAGCUACUAUGAGCCCAAAGGCAAGGUCUUCCAUUCAGUUUCUGAAGGAGUUGACUUCUACACUGAUCUGCAGCAGAAAAUGCUACAGCGGGAACCAGAGCUGGACCUGGAUGAAGUCUUGGGCCAGACAAUUGGGGAGGAUCGCUGUUAGGGAUGAGUGUACAGGGACAGAGCAGUGGGUUUUGGGAUGCACAAGAGCUCUGAACCAAGCAAUGGCACCACUGUUAGCAGGUUUUGUGGAGCUCUUCUUGUCUCUACAGGGAGUGAAGAGG